AUGGAGUCAAAUUUCCACUCGACGGUGCUGCAGAGACCGCCCAGCCUGCACGACUACGAAGACCAGCAACGCGACCGCGACCGGGAGCGGGAACGAGAGCGGGAACGCGGCAGCAGCGAGCGGCGACACCGCGACAUUCUCAACCCGGUCCAGCACGGAGACAACACCAACCCCCAGCCUGGGUCGAGCUCGCAUGCGUCCGGGCAGCAGCAGCAGCAGCAGCAGCAGCAACAUUCGCAACAUUCGCAUCAACCGCCGCCACGGCACUCGUUCAGUCUGCGGUCGCCCACCCAGCCCGACUUCCACCACGCGGCGCCGCCUCACUUUCCGGGCUCCAGCUCUGCCUCUCCCUCGUCAGCGCCAUCCGCCAGUGCCGCUGCAAACACCAACGCCAACGCCAGCAUCAGCACCAGCACAAAUGGGACCGGCUCGGGCACCCGUUCGCUCCUGCACAACCCAUUCCUGACCUCGUCGUCCGCUGCGCCGCCAUCACUCCCGCCACCAGUCCACCCGUCAAGCAUCGCACCUCCUCGCUCACCCCUACACGCGCCGCCAGUCUUUUAUCCCCAGGACAUGCGCGAACACCGCGACGCCCCGCGAGAGAAGACGGCCGGGAGCUUCUACGACCCAACCACCGACACCACCACCUCGACCAGCGACCGCAGGGUGAGCGACUCGGGCCCCGCCUGGCACAGCGCGCCGCAGACUUCAUCAGCAUCGUCAGCAUCAAAGCCUCGCGAUGCAUUAAAUAGGGACUACGAUUAUCCCCCGCAACCAUCCGUCGAUCGUUCUCCCUAUUACAAAGGCAGCUACACUUCUCCUGUCGCCACAACAUUCCCCCCGCGAAGCCCGGUUUCUCAUUCCCACCCGGCUGCAGGUUCCAUCAGCCCGCCAGCUGGAGCUCGCGCGAUGGCAUCACCCAACGUGCUCAAGUCCGCCCUGUCAGCCGGCACCACUUCAAAUGGCACCUCGGUGCAACACUCGCCACCUGCUCCUUCUGUGCUCCAAGCACCCGCACCCCCCACAAGUACCCCCAGCCGGAAUGUCAUGUCCUUCGACAACAUACUUUCUAGCGCCGAAACCGACCUGAGGCCACGGGAUCCAUCACCCCCUGUGAAUGCUUCGGAGCCUGCUGUGAAGGAGGAGAAAUCAGACGAGCCCGAGAAAGUCGAGCGAAAGAAGCCCGCCAGGAAGCCCAGGCAGCCCCGGGUGUCGGACAUCAAGAACUCAGAGCCCUCGUCCAAGGGGAGCUCAAGGCGAUCGUCUUCUCAGAAGGAGAAGGAACCACCAAUCGCAGCCCGCGUGCCAGCAAAGCGGACGGCGAAUGGCCAGCCCAAGCAGGGCGGCUUCUCAGCGAGCAAGGAGAAGAAGAUCAAGGACCAGAUGGACCAGAUGGAUCAGAUGGACAUUGACCCCAUCGAUGGCGACUGGUUUGAUGCAGACGAGGAGCGGCUCGCCUGGCGUCAACGAGCACAGAGGCGCCGGCGUGCAAUGGAGGGUCGGGAGGACAAGCUCCACUCCUCACGCAGGUCCAACCUGGCCAGGGACAGCAUUUUGCACUUGACCCUUCACACAGACCUGGGCAAGCGCAGGUAUGAUGACAUGUUCUACGACGACGCGUUGCAAAAGGUGCGGGACCAGGAGGUCAUCGCCGAGAAGGAGCGAAAGAAGGACAUGCAACGCAAGCGCCGCCGCGAGAAGUCCAUGGCAGUUACUAUCGAGCAGAAGGAAACGGCCCUUGCAAAGGCCCAGGCAGCCGAGCUGGCCGGCGACGAGGCUGAGCGCAUCAAGCACCUCCGUGAGGCCGAGCGUGCCAACAAGAAGGCACAGCAGACAAAGCUUAUUCUGCAGAAGGGCAUCAAGGGGCCAGCGCGGAAUCUGCCCCCCAUCGAGGUCAACCUGGAGGGCGGCGUCAUGUCGACAUUUCAGGCAAGCGACAUGGAGCCCGGCAAGGGCAAGGGCAAGGCUCGAGGCGGCCCGCGGCCGAAGAAGUCCAAGGAGCAGAAGCAGGCCGAGAAGGAUAGUGCACUGGCUGCCCAGGCUGCCCUGGACGCCGGUGAAGCGCUGCCAUCCAAGGAGGAGACGAACAAGAUCCGCAUCAGGCUCAAGAAAGAUAAGGUCCCGAAGGAAGACGCCACCAAAGACCCAGAAGCAGUCACAGAGCCAAAGGAGCCCAAGGAGAAGGAGAAGGUCGUUGAGGAGCCCAAAGACCCACUCGAGACCAAGUUCCAGACCAAGGGCUUCAACCAGAUUUACGACCAGAUCUGGCGGGACCUUGCUCGCAAGGAUGUCAACAAGGUCUACAGGCUUGCCACCGAAUCGUACGGGACCAAGGCGUCCAACCUCAAGAAGACGGCCAUUCUCGCAUCCAAGGAGGCCAAGAGGUGGCAGAUGCGCACCAACAAGGGCACCAAAGACCUGCAGGCUCGCGCCAAGCGUGUCAUGCGAGACAUGAUGACCUUCUGGAAACGUAACGAGCGUGAAGAACGUGACCUGCGCAAGGCCGCCGAGAGGCAGGAGCUUGAGAACGCUCGUAAACAGGAGGCGGACCGCGAAGCCGCUCGGCAGAAGCGGAAGCUCAACUUCCUCAUCUCCCAGACGGAGCUGUACUCUCACUUCAUCGGCAAAAAGAUCAAGACACACGAAGUCGAGCGCAGCACCGACAAUCCCGACAUUGCCGCCGAGGAUGCCGCCCCGGACCACAACGCUGUCGACAUCGACGACGACGGCACUGCCGCGUCGGGCGUCAAAGUCACCAAGUUCGAGAACCUCACCUUCGAGGAGGAGGACGAAGAGAAGCUCCAGGCGAUCGCGAAGGCCAACGCUGCGCAUGCUCUGGCAGAAGCUCAGCAGAAGGCCAGGGACUUCAACAGGGAUGAUGAGCCUGAUGAGGACGGAGAGAUGAACUUCCAGAACCCCACGGGCAUGGGCGAGGUCGACAUCGAGCAGCCGAAGCUGCUCAAUGCCCAGCUCAAGGAGUACCAGCUCAAGGGUCUCAACUGGCUGGCCAAUCUGUACGAGCAGGGCAUCAACGGCAUCCUGGCCGACGAAAUGGGCCUCGGCAAGACUGUGCAGUCAAUCUCGGUCAUGGCUUAUCUGGCGGAGAAGUACGACAUUUGGGGCCCAUACCUGGUCGUUGCCCCCGCGUCGACCCUCCACAACUGGGAGCAAGAGCUGCGCAAGUUCGUUCCCGAGUUCAAGAUCCUUCCGUACUGGGGCACAGCGGGUGACCGUAAGACUCUUCGUAAGUUCUGGGAUCGCAGGCACAACACGUACAAGAAGGACGCCAGCUUUCAUGUCAUGGUCACGUCCUACCAGCUUGUCGUGUCCGAUGUUGCCUACUUCCAGAAGAUGAAGUGGCAGUACAUGAUUCUCGACGAGGCCCAGGCCAUCAAGAGCUCAUCAAGCUCCCGAUGGAAGUGCCUGCUGAGUUUCCACUGUCGAAACCGUCUGCUGCUGACUGGCACCCCUAUCCAGAACAACAUGCAGGAGCUUUGGGCCUUGCUGCACUUCAUCAUGCCCUCGCUGUUCGACUCGCAUGACGAAUUCAGCGAAUGGUUCUCCAAGGACAUCGAGUCUCACGCGCAGAGCAACACGAAGCUCAAUGAAGACCAGCUCAAGCGUCUGCACAUGAUCCUGAAGCCCUUCAUGCUUCGCCGCGUGAAGAAGCAUGUCCAAAAGGAACUUGGCGACAAGAUCGAGACGGAUGUCUUCUGUGACCUCACGUAUCGCCAGCGGGCUUACUACAGCAACCUGCGCAACCAGAUCAGCAUCAUGGAUCUGAUCGAAAAGGCCACCACCGGUGAUGACACGGACUCUGGUACAUUGAUGAACCUUGUCAUGCAGUUCCGCAAGGUUUGCAAUCACCCCGACCUAUUCGAGCGCGCAGAGACAACAUCACCAUUCUUCACCGGGUACUUUGCCGAGACGGCGUCAUUCAUCCGCGAGGGCAACAACGUGCCGGUGGCGUACUCGACGAGGAGCUUGAUAGAUUAUGAGCUGCCCAAGCUUGUCUGGAGGGACGGUGGCAGGUUGUAUAAGGCCGGAAGCGACAACCAGAAGGCCGGGUUCCGCAACAGGUACCUGCAACACAUGAUGAACAUCUGGACACCAGACAAUGUUCGCGAGAGCCUCAGCGGCAGUGACGCCUUCUCAUGGCUGCGCUUUGCCGAUGCAAGCCCUCAGGAGGUGUACAACGCAAGCCAUCAGGAUGUAUUCACCCGCGCUGUUGAGCUGUCGAGACAGAAGGACCGGCUGGCAUACAUGAAUGUCGCCUAUGACGAGCCAGAGGACCAAGGCUUCAGCCCAGCUCACGCACUUUUCCAGAUCAAGCAGCGAAAUGACCGCAAACCGCUGGCCGACAUCACGGACAAGGGCAUCAUGAGCAACCUGAUGAAUGUGGCUCGAGAGACCUACCGUGACGCCGGGUUCGGCCACCUUGAGCCCGCUGGUCGUCCUGGGGCAGCCGCGCCACCAAUCGAUGUGGUUUGCAACAGCCGCGGGGCCAAUAUUGAGCGGGAGGAGACGCUCUUUAAUGUCCCGAUGCGAAGGGCGUUGUACGAGCCCAAUCCUGAGGAGCAGCUAGCCUUUAUCACGCAGAAGAUCCCCAACGAGAACAUACCCCCAUACGGCUUGUUACCGGCCCCGGACAACGAAAAGAAGCGCUUCACAAAUGUGAGCGUACCGUCAAUGCGGCGCUUCGUCACGGAUUCCGGCAAGCUUGCCAAGUUGGACGAGCUGCUCUUCAAGCUCAAGGAGCAAGGCCACCGCGUGCUGCUGUACUUCCAGAUGACGCGCAUGAUUGACCUGAUCGAGGAGUAUCUGAUGUACCGCAACUACAAGUUCUGCCGACUUGACGGCUCCACCAAGCUCGAGGACAGGCGUGACACUGUGCAUGACUUCCAGACGCGGCCCGAGAUCUUCAUCUUCCUGCUGUCCACCCGUGCGGGUGGUCUCGGCAUCAACCUCACGUCCGCGGAUACGGUCAUCUUCUACGACUCGGACUGGAACCCCACAAUUGACUCGCAGGCCAUGGAUCGCGCCCAUCGUCUCGGCCAGACCAGGCAGGUCACGGUGUACCGCCUCAUCACCCGCGGCACGAUUGAGGAGCGGAUCCGCAAGCGAGCUCUGCAGAAAGAAGAAGUGCAACGCGUUGUCAUCUCGGGUGGUGGCACUGGUGCUGGUGUCGACUUCUCCGGUCGUAGGACGACUGAGAACCGCAACAAGGACAUUGCCAUGUGGCUCGCUGAUGACGAUGACGCGGUGGAGAAGAUGAUCGAGCGUCGCGAGCAGGAGCUCAUGGCCAGCGGCGAGUAUGAGAAGAAGAGGAAGGGCGGCAGGAAGAAGAAGGAUGCCGUCUCCCUGGACGACAUGUAUCACGAAGGCGAAGGACACUUUGACGACAACAAAGCGUCGGGGACGGCGACCCCGAUUGAGGCGCCCGCAGCACCUGGCAAGAAGAAGGGCAAGGGCUCCAAGAAGGCUAAAACAGCCAAACAGCGUCUUGCUAUUGCUGACGGCGAGGUUGAUGCAUAG